AUGAUGGAAUCAACAAAUACAACGAAUGAUCAACAAACACCACCUAUAAUACCGAUUAAUAAUAGUAGCAGUCGUCGGAAACAGAGCAAACCAAAUAGACUUGAACAUGUUGUUCUUGAAUCUACACCACCCACAUGCGAUACAAUAAAUUCAUCUACUUCGAUUCUUCCAUCUUUAACUCAAUAUCAUGUAGCUGCUGAACAACAAGAAAGUGGAGGAGUUGGUGAUGAUGAUUCUGAUCGUGUUAGUUUAAAUUGUGAAGAUGGUUCAUUAUCAUCUCAUUCAGUUGGUGAACAUUAUGCAAUGGAAGAUAUUAUAAAUCGUUCAAGACGACCAUCACAUCAACAACAAUCUCGAUCAAAUGAUAAAACAAAUUUCGAUGAAAAUAUUGAACGAAUGCUAAUUGAAGAAAAUGAACAACAAGAAGAUAUUGAUCAUGAUAAUGAAACAAUUGGUGCAUUGGAUUUUAGUUUAAAACUAGAUGAAGCAAAUAAACAUUCAUUAAAUCGUUCACGUUCAAUAAAUACAACAGGUAAACCACGUUCAUUAAAACGAAAACAUCAAAAUGGAUUAACUGAUAAUAAUAAUGGAACAAUAUCAAUACCAACAAGAAUAUUUCAUGCUGAUGCUUUUUGUACUAUUUGUCGAAAGGAAUUUUGUAAUAAAUAUUUCUUAAAAACUCAUUUGGCUAAUAAACAUGGUAUAUUUGAUCAACAAUCUGUUGUACCAUCUGUUUCAACACCAAAUUUAUCCUCAUUACAAGGAAAUACUGAUACAAUAAAUGAUUCAAAUCUUCAACAUCCAUUUACAGUUAUUUCAACGUUAUUAAAUAAUGGUCAUGAAGAUUUUUCCUCAUCACCAACUUCACCAUCAUCUGAUAUGAUACGAAAUCAUUCGAAUAAUGACGAUGAAAAUGAAACUGAACUUAGUUCAUUAAGACAUGAAAUGAAUGGUGUUAUAGCCGGUGAUGAAGAUAAUGAUAAUAAUAAUAAUCAUCAUCAUGAACAAAAUGAUAAUGAAGAUGAAGAUGAUGAUGUUGAUGAUGAUGAUGAUGAUGAACAAGAUGGAAUAAAUUCAAAUUCAUUAAUUAAUCUUCCACAAAAAAUAGCAACGAUAUUAGGCAAUGAUAAUUUAAAUACUCAUCUUGAUAAUAAUAAUAAUAAUAAUAAUAAU